AGAGAUCUUUGCUUUCAAUAAAUUAGAAGAAGUUGAAGGGCUUGGGUUAAUUAGAAGGAGACCAAAGUGGGUCAGAAACACACGUCGUGUUCAGGCAAAAUCCAUGUGCCCACAUGGAUGAUUGAGAGAGAGUAAGAGAGAGAGAGAGAGAAAGAGAAAACGUAUUAUAUUUAUGACCUCAAGACAUCACCACAAGAAACAGCAGCAGCAACUGCAGUGGCAGCAAAAAACAUAGUAAUAGUAAUAGUAGAGGAAGAGAGACACAAGAGACCCACCAAGGAAAUUUUGCUCAAAACCAGAACUUGCUACCAAAGUUAACAUCUUUUGAUGAUUCCAAGUGACUUUGAGCUUCAAAGUCCAUAGUGGGGUGUGGUGAAUUUUUUGAAUUUUGAAGAGAAGAAGUGUGUGUGUGUGUGUGUGUGUGUGUGUGUGUGUGAGAGAGAGAGAGAGAGAGAGAGAGAGAGAGAGAGAGAGAGAGAUGAAGAAGAGUGAGAGUGGGGGGUAUGUGAGAGCGGAUCAGAUAGAUCUGAAAAGCUUGGAUGAGCAGCUUCAGAGGCAUCUGAGUAGAGCAUGGACUAUGGAGAAGAACAAGGAGAAGGAGGAAGAAGAAGAGGUUGAAGGAAGGUCCACAAGAAGCAGACAAGAAUGGGAGAUUGACCCCUCUAAGCUUGUCAUCAAGACUGUCAUUGCUCGUGGCACUUUUGGCACUGUCCAUCGUGGGAUUUAUGAUGGCCAAGAUGUUGCAGUUAAGCUCCUUGACUGGGGGGAAGAAGGCCAUCGGUCAGAUGCUGAAAUAGCUUCUUUGCGAGCGGCUUUUACACAAGAAGUUGCUGUUUGGCACAAGCUUGAACAUCCUAAUGUAACCAAGUUUAUUGGGGCAACAAUGGGAACAUCAGAGCUACAGAUACAAACAGAAAAUGGUCAUAUAGGCAUGCCGAGUAAUGUUUGUUGUGUUGUUGUUGAAUAUUGUCCUGGGGGUGCACUGAAGUCUUAUCUCAUUAAAAACCGAAGAAGGAAGCUGGCUUUUAAAGUGGUUGUUCAACUGGCUCUUGACCUUGCAAGAGGGUUGAGCUAUCUCCACACAAAGAAGAUUGUCCACAGAGAUGUUAAAACAGAAAAUAUGCUUCUGGACAAGACACGAACCUUGAAAAUAGCUGAUUUUGGAGUAGCUCGUAUUGAGGCCUCCAAUCCUCAUGACAUGACAGGUGAAACUGGAACCCUUGGUUACAUGGCUCCUGAGGUUCUAAAUGGUAAUCCAUACAAUAGAAAGUGUGAUGUGUACAGUUUUGGCAUAUGCUUAUGGGAGAUAUACUGCUGUGACAUGCCAUAUCCUGACCUUAGUUUCUCAGAAGUGACAUCAGCUGUUGUACGACAGAAUUUGAGGCCAGAGAUUCCGCGAUGUUGUCCUAGCGCUCUGGCAAAUGUGAUGAAAAGAUGCUGGGAUGCGAAUCCUGACAAGAGGCCGGAGAUGGAUGAAGUGGUGACCAUGUUGGAAGCUAUUGAUACUUCAAAGGGUGGAGGUAUGAUCCCUCAUGAUCAGCCUCAGGGUUGUUUAUGUUUUCGCAGUUAUCGAGGACCUUGAAAGAUUUUUCACUGCCAAGGAAAUUGAUUAUGGAGGGAUGAUAUACAGUGUUCUGGAAAUCAGUUUGCAUUUUAUUUGAUUGAAGGAAUAGGGAAGGAAGACUCAAGGAUGAAAUGCAUACACAAAAAGUAUGAAAGCAAUAGUUAAUGAAGAGCUCUGCAAUUACUUGUUACUUUGUUGGGCUAUAAUUUUUGUAAAGCUAAUUGUGCUAUCUCCUCAUUGCACCCAUUUUUAUGAUAUUUCUAUGUAAGUUGUACACUUGACAGUAGUAGCAUGGAUUGUUCCGACACUAAUAUCAAAGUCCUGAUGGGUCAUUUGGUGUCCUAUGAGCCUACAAGUGAUCUUUUUUGGGAAGAUUUGCUCAUGUGCAGAAAGACAUGACUUAUAAUAUGUGGAAUAAAUAUACAAUUUGACCAUUAAAAGAUGUUAUAUGUUGUAGAUUGAGGAAA